CGCCUGGCACCUCGCCGCCAAGCUGCUGCAGUUACGGUUCUUGCCUCGACUUCUCCAGAGUAGCGGUCCUUGGCUGGAUGCUACCCUCCUGAGGAAAGGAACGACGAUAUUUCAAACGAUACGAAAUGGGGCCCGAUGGUUUGCUGUUCAUUUUCUGCCUGAUUGAUGAAGCAGCCCCUUUUUUAGCUGUUUACUUUGUUAUAACUUUGUCAGAUCUUGAAUGUGACUAUCUAAAUGCAAGGACAUGCUGUGAAAGACUCAAUUUCUGGGUGUUACCAGAGAUUAUUGCUCACGACUUGCUGGUGAUAUUUUUGCUCAUAACAUGGCACUGGUUCCUUUUUCUACUCUAUGCACCACUUGGGCUCUGGCUUACUUACAAGUUCGUGAAGAAACCAUCAGGAGACAUUGGGCUCUUUGACCCAGCUGAAAUUCACAACCGGCAGCAGCUUAAAAACUACAUGCGAGAAAGUCUCAUUCGAUUGGGUGUACAUUUAAUCUUCUUCUUCAUCUAUUUAUACUUUAUGAUAUAUUCUCUGGUGAAAGGAGAUUAAAGGAAACUGGAAGGUAAUGCAUUUUUGUGUUUUGACUGAUGUUUGCUAGCCUUUUUUGCAAAUCCAUUUUUAAGCUGUCAGGCUUAGUGCACUAGCUCUGGUUAUCAACAUGCAAUCUUUUAUCACUGCCUAUUAGUGCAAUUGAGCAGUAAAAUUCUUUGGUUUUGUGUGUUCAGUAAUCACUUUAGAUCAGAAAUGAGGUGUGAUUAUCAUUUUUUGAGUGAAUGGCAACUGGCAUCACAAUUUUUGUAACAAAAUCAGUUGAUUCCUUCCAAAUUCAUUUUAUGGAUACUUUAUAGCCAGUAAGCUCUGUGCUUUAGUAUUAAUUUUUUCCUUUAUUUGUAAAUUUUAAUUUAAAAAAAUUUCAAGCAGCUUUUGUCUUUUGUCAUUGACAUCUUGAACAUCAGAUAAUAAAUGGUGCUAUUUGACACUAGCAUGUUAAAAUGCAGUGUCUUAAUUACUGCAGAUAAGUUGAUCAUGCUUGUAUGAAUGUGAUCAUAAAAGACCUAAAGACCUACUCAGUGUGACUUAGAUAACAUAAUGUACAUUUCCCUGAAAUUAAUGGUGUGCAGUGCCAUUUUUAUGAAAGUGUUGUUUUAUUCUGUGACAUCUUGAGAGUGUCUCCCCUGCUUCCCCAAAUUGUCAAUCUUCAGAAAAGAGAGUUUUUGGUUUCCCAUCUGCAUUGUUUAUAUGGUAUAAACUGCAGUGUUGUAGCUCACAUAUUUUUCUCAUUAAAGUGAACGAGUACUUCAUUUCUUUUUAUAAUGUUUUUCUUUUUUUUUAAUGAGGAUUAUUGUAAAUAUUAUUAUCAGAAAGCAUAUUUGUUUAUUUGACUGAUUUUAUCUGUUUCUUGCUAUUGUAAUAGUUGUCAUAUUACAAUAUACAGAGCUGGCAUGGCAUAAAACACAAUCAUAUUGUGUACAGAAAGAAAUCUUGGGGAGUGAAAAAUGUUAACAGUUGAGAAUUUUUCCUUUUACCAAAAGCAUAAUUAUUAUUAUUUGGUUGAAAGGUGUGAAACGUCUGUUUCCAAGUGUCAACAAUCUAAUGCACAUUUCUUAAAAAUGAAUUAGUAGAAAAGCAUUUAGGAGAAAUUUUAUCUUUUCCUAAAAUGUAAAGGUUAACCCAUGCCAGACAUGAACAUUAGAGUUUAGGGCAAGGGAACAUGGUUACAAAAAUUUGUUACAAAAAUAUAAAAAAUGGUGAAUGUUUCUUUAACCAUACAUGGAUUUAUUUGAACUCUGACCAUUGAUAUUACUGACUUCUUACCUCAUUCUAUAACUAAAAUGAGAACCGAUGUUUAAAGGCUUAAGAUCAAGAAGGGAACAAGCUUUUCGCUCAGGUUUUAUGAAUGAGUGUCUUAAAAUUAAUUGAGCCCACUAAUUUAAAAAAAAUACUGUUGGGCUGGGCUUUAUGAACAUUUAUUUUCUUUCUCUGUGGAUGUAGGGGGAGCAUGCUAAGUCACUUAGUUUUUUUAAUGUGGAACAUCAUCUGUCCAUAAACAUUGUCAACACCAUCAAUUAGCAGUCAUAAUAAAUGGAGAUAUUAAUGGCAUAUUGUAUAAAGCAUCUUGUGAUUAAUAUUGUUUAUUAAAGCUAGAUUUUAAAAAACAAUUAAAGUAAAUUUCUUGUGAUCAGAUGUAUUGAUUGUGCAUAUUUUGACAAUAUCAAAGGAUAGUUAAAAAUUUUUGAGAGCUUUAAAUGGAGGUUUCCAUUUCACAGAUUUUUCCUAUUGUUGCCAUCCUCUAAUGUUAUACACUAGUGCUGAUGUUUAUAUCAGAAUGAAUUUUAUGGAUUGAUUUUGAAAGUAUGCACUCUCACUCUCUCUCACCUGCUCAUGCACACAACAAUUUUUUGUGCAAAUUAUUGCUCCUUAAAAUGGAAUGUCAGAUUUGUCCUUCACCCUGCUAUUUUUACCUCACCUGUUGCUAUAUUAUAAGUAAUUUCUAGAAUGGCAAAACAUUGAGCCUUCAGUUUCUUUUAAAUUAAAGCACAAGUGAUGGAUUCUGUGUAGCUGAAUAUUAUUAUCAUUUUUUUUAAGCUAGACAGAGUAUACAAGUACUUAAUGCAUUUGUUUCAUUUUCUGUUUUUUUUUUAUUCUCUCCCCCCCCCCCCACCUUAAUAUUGCAUUUUAGUGAAUGAUCACCCCUUUUGUCAAUGGGAGGAGCAGGUAGCCUAGCAGUUAGAGCAGCAAUGUCCAAACCUAAAGACUUGCAUUGUCAGUUCAAUAAUUGUGUGAUGGUGCAUACUUCUAGUUGACCUCACUGUGGAAUGGGUGCCUGACUCCCUAGAAGUUGGGAAGCAAGGGAGAGGACAUGGGCACCAUCUUCACAAAAGCUGGCCCCAAAAUACCUCACUCCUCUACAACAGCAAGAUCAAGGGCCUGUUUUUUCUUUAUCUUUUCAUCAAUUUGUAAAAUAUACAAAGCCUCAUUGUCUUGUUACUUCAAAUUUUUUUCGUCGUCUUGUUUCAUGGAUAUAUGCCCAUAGUUAAGUUCAAAGCACAGAAGUUAGAGUGUUUGCCUUGAAUUGAUCAAAGUUUUUAGUUUGUAAGGUAAUUUUUACACAGUUAGGGUACAGACUUUGUUUUACACAUAUUCUGCAUUAUUAUAAAUUAUUUUUCAUGUAGAAUUGUGAAGAAAGCCUGUUAAGCAGCUGAAGAGCAAUGUGCAACAUCAACAAAAGCAGUAGUGGGCAUAUCAAAAGGAAGAGGUCAUAGAACUUGUUCAGCAAUGUUUGUACUUAGUUAUAGGAUGGUUACUGUCAUAUUUCAACAUCCUUGAAUAUUGCAUUUGUAUCUUUUACACUAAAAUAGCUGACUUUUCAAAUUUUUGUACUAUGCUUUUGAAACAUAAAAUAUUACCUAAUAAUGAUUUGUAUUUAUAAAAUUACAAGUGAAAUCGUAAUAUGUAAUAGUUGGUCUCAUUUUACAUGCUGUCAGCACUCUUUUUUCCUCUUUUCUGUUAGUGGUGCAAAGGCAACAGUUUUGGAAUGAUGUACAAGAAAUGAAAGUAUUUUUUACACUAGCAAGAAAUACCAGUUACCAACUACUUAUUGGUUACAAAUACAAAUGCAAGUUAUACAAAGGUUUAAAAAUGAUUUAAUUUUCAUAGCCGUUGAUGUUUUUAUAUGUACCAAUGCUUCAGAGUAAUAAAUCUUGUGUCCAUUA